AGUGAACAGUGACCAGGAACAAUUUCCACGUUAGCGUUUUUAUUGUCGUUAAUUAUACUUUUUUAACACCAUGGAACUCAAAAUAUGACUAUUUUAACUUAACAGCAUUACAUACUCAUCCCAUGUAGUCUUUAAUUCGCGUUGGGAAAAGGACUUGUUCGAUAUACGUUAUCUAGGUAACGCAAGCUGCUAACGUUAGCUAACAAUGGCUAACUGUAUGGUUUUUCACACUCAAAUAGCCUCCAUCAUGGAGGUGCUAGCGAAUGCAGCCGUGGCAGAUAUAUGUAAACUCGUAGACGACGACUAUGCAGUGUUUCGUUUAGAAAUAACUCAAAGCCAGAAAGAAAACAGGGCAUUGCGGAGGAAACUACAGCUACUGGAAUUGAAGACGACACGGGAGCGCGCAGAGAGGACAAUGCGAGAGCGCGUCCUCGCCAGUCGUCCCAGUAGUGUCAAGAUCCUCGACCGAUACAGAGGAAUCGCAAGAGGUGAAGGAAAUCUCACUGGAGGCCACAGGAGCUUUGUGAAGCCAGCGGGACACAAUACAUGGAGAGAUGAACAACCAAUCACCGUUGAUGAUGGGAGUGGAACCUCAACCCAGCACGUUAUCAUGAUAGAGUCUGCAGAGGCUGAAAGUCCUGGGGUCAAGCUGGAUAGGUCUGAAGAAGAGGAAGACCCACGGCACAGCGGAGACAUCAAGACUGGAGGGACUGGAGCACUCCCUGUAGCCACGGAGGACCCCGCCCCAGUGCAGCCCAGGACCCGACACAGCAUCACGGAGGUCAGUGGAACGCUGAACACCGUCCUCAAGUCAGAGACCGACACAGAGACUUUAACAGUAACACAAAGGCUUUUACACACAGGAUCUGACCACAGGUCAGACUCUGAGAGACUGGGGCUUGGGGGACUGGGGUGUCCUCCUGCUCCAAGCUCAGAAUAUUUACUUUACAGUAACCCGAGGACUGUUCAUUCCAAUCCAGAUUCAGGUGAUGUGUUAAAUGCUGGCGAUGAUCCAUGUUGUUCUUACACUACAGAGAUGGACCCUGGCAGCAUGCCCUUGGGUUUAGAGACACAGACUGAUCUGUCUAGAGGAGACUGGAAUCGGUACAGUAGUAGUGUGUACUCUGAAGGGUGCCUAGAUAAGAAAGGGGAGGGUCUAGUUGUAGAUGAAGUGACUGUGAAAGUGGAGGGCGACACUCCUCCCACAUGGAAUGCAGAUAGUCACCUAGGCGAUGGACACUCACAAGGCAGAGAUUUCUUAGAUUACAGGGAAAGCUUAGUGUCCACGUCGAUGGGGCCUUCCGAUUCACACGGGCGUAUCAUUUUCAAUCAGCUAUUGAACUCAGACGACAGGGCUAGAGCCCAGGCUCAGGGAAGGGGAGCAACAUCAGGCAAUAGUAAAGAGAAACGGUUCCUCUGCAUGUUCUGUAACAAAGGCUUCAGCUGCGCCCAGAAGGUGGAGAUCCACCAGAGGGUCCACACAGGAGAGAAACCAUACAGCUGCCCCCAGUGUCACAUGCGCUUCGCCCAGUCUGGCAGCCUGAAGAGGCACCAGAAGGUCCACACAGGGGAAAAACCCUUCAGCUGCCCCCAGUGUGAUAAGAGGUUCUCCCGUCAGCACCUGCUGAAGACGCACCUGAAGGUCCACACAGGAGAGAGGCCGUUCACCUGUACACAAUGUGGGAAGAGGUUCUCAGAGAGGAGCUACCUCAAGAUACACCAGAAGAAAAACCAUUCCACUCUAUAGCUUCUGACGUGUUGAGCACCUCCUGCAUUAAAAACGAACAUGAAUUGUCAUUGUUGUCAGCAGAAAAGAUCCACAGAUGCAUUUGGAAUAACAAGAGUAACAGAUUUCAGUGUUGAAUAUUCAACACUACGUAAAGGUAGACUCAGCGAGAUGAUGUAGAUCCGGGUUCACCAACUGGCGGCCCGCGGUUGAGUUUUCUGAGCAAUUAAAACUAAUACAUUUGUAUUUGUUUUUAUUGUUGGACAUAAAAUACCAGCAAAUCAGUUCCAAUUGAUUUUAAUUUUGGAAUCCUGAGUAUUCCCAUGCCUAAUAGAAAGAUAUAUGUGAUCAUAUACAAAUUUAAGCAAGGUUUGAAAUUAUUAUAUUUUUGUCAAAUAUAUCUGUUUGGUCUUCUUGCGGUCAAUUUUCAGUCUACAAAUGAUAAUUAUGUUCCGGCCCCUUGACAAUCUGCAAGAAAGAUAUUGGCCCGUAGCUGAAUCUAGUUGAUGAUCUCUGACUUAGAUGCACAAAGUAAACAGCAGUAGUGGGUCAAUUUCCGCAAUAACUAAGAGUGUUGAAGCAUGAGGCUAAACAAGGAGUAAUCUGAGUAACAGAUUUCAGUGUUAAAUAUUCCUGGGUAGAAUAUUGCAUCCAGACAUUGUGUGAUAUAUAAGGCAUAUAUAUAUAUAUAAGCCUAAUGAGUCUGUUUCAUAUUGUGUUUGUACUGUACAUUUGAUGUUAAAUCCAUUACUUCCUUUCAACUACCCAAAAAAUUCCCAAGACACUUUUAAUGAGAAAAGAAAUGCAGUUUAUCGAGUAAAUACAGAUUUGUUUCUGAGACGUGUAUGUGUGAUUUUCAUAUGGUGUAUUUAGAACUCGUUUAUGUUUAAUAAACACAAAAUGUGACUUUUC